CAUGCGCUCUCAGAGCAGCGUUCCAGCUAGCGGCUGUUGACGCACAGCCUGUGGUGUGGGCAGCGUAACGGUGUGUGGUUACUCUCCUUUGGACUGGUACUAAAAUAAUAGUUGUUUUUCUUUUCACGAACGUUUUUGCGAAGGACCUCCUAUUUGAGCGUUUGUCUUCGUGUUCUCUGCGAGUAAAGUGAGGCUCUGGGCGGGGAAGGUUUUGCUACAGACUAGCAGCAGCGAGCGGAUCAGCUGCCGAGCGAGCAACACUUCACAGCUUUUAUGGGAAGAAGGGGGUUUAAGUUUCCGGUGUUUAGACAACAAUGCAGUGAUUACAUACGUGGCUUGUUGUCGACUCAAUAUUAGCCUUUAGUCCUUUUACUUUUAGUUUGGACUCCGAAAGAUUCAUGGUCAGUUGGAGAUGAAGAGCUAAAUUGAUGCUUGGAUUCAGCUACAAAUGAGUACACCUCUUCCCGCCCUCUGUGUGGAGAGAUGAGUCAGCUUUGGUGGCGAGCCAAGCGUCUGUCGGAGAGGUUGGGAAGCGACUCUCCUCAUGGCAUUCCUCCAGGCUCCCCGAGCACUGUGGCCCCACACGGGUCCAACUCCUCUUGGGCACCCAUUGCCCCAAUGGUCAGGCCAGAGGAGCCAAUCUUCCUCAUGACGUCCACUGCCCAGGCUAUCUCUGGGUUCUUUGUGUGGACAGCGCUUCUCAUCACAUGUCACCAGAUCUACAUGCACCUCCGUUACUACAGCUCUCCAAAUGAGCAGAGGCACAUAGUCAGGAUCCUCUUCAUAGUCCCCAUCUACGCCUUCGACUCCUGGCUCAGCCUCCUUUUCUUCACCACUGAGGAGUAUUACGUGUACUUCGACACAGUCCGAGACUGCUAUGAAGCUUUUGUCAUCUACAACUUCCUGAGUUUGUGUUAUGAAUAUCUGGGAGGAGAAAGCGCCAUCAUGGCUGAAAUCAGAGGGAAACCCAUUGAGUCGAGCUGCAUGUACGGGACCUGCUGUCUCUGGGGCAAGGCCUACUCCAUUGGUUUCCUCAGGUUUUGCAAACAGGCCACUCUCCAGUUCUGUGUGGUUAAACCUCUGAUGGCGAUGAUCACUGUCAUUCUUCAGGCCUUUGGGAAAUACAAAGAUGGAGACUUCAAUGUGACCCGUGGCUACCUGUACGUCACCAUCAUCAACAACAUCUCUGUGACUUUGUCACUCUACGCUCUCUUCCUCUUCUACUUUGCUACACGUGAGCUGCUGGUCCCUUACAACCCCGUGCUCAAGUUCUUUAUGGUGAAGUCGGUCAUCUUUCUCUCCUUCUGGCAGGGGAUGCUCCUGGCCAUCCUGGAGAAAUGCGGCGCGAUUCCUCAGAUCAACUCCUCCGACUUCUCUGUGGGUGAAGGAACGGUCGCAGCCGGCUAUCAGAACUUCAUCAUCUGCAUUGAGAUGUUCUUCGCUGCUGUGGCUCUGCGCCACGCCUUUACCUACAAGGUCUACAUGGACAAAAGGCUGGACUCAUACGGCUCAUUUCCAAUCUAUGGACAAUACGGUCGCUGCGCUCCGAUGAAGAGCAUCUCCAGCAGCCUUAAGGAAACCAUGAAUCCCGGGGAUAUGGUCCAGGACGCCAUCCAUAAUUUCUCUCCGGCGUACCAGCAGUACACCCAGCAGUCCACGCUGGAGCGAGGCGGGGGGCCGUCCCUGUCCCGCAGCCACAGUAACAUCAGCACCCGGGGGGACAACGAGAAAACCCUCUUGCUGAGCUCUGAUGAUGAGUUCUAAGACUCUCUAAAGCUUACAUGAAUCUGAUCUUUUAUUUAAGCCUUAACAUUAAAUGUUAAAUUAGUUUUAAUUUGGAUUAGAAUGGGAGCUCAGAUUUAUGUUGGACUGAUGGUGGUGAUCAGACCGCAGCAACAGAGGUGUGAGAGAGCAUGAAGAGUGAGCUCAGAGAGUUGAGGAGUGACAAGUGGACCAUCAGAUUCUUUAAAGGCCAAGUUGUUAUUUGUGUUGAUGUCAUAUAGCAGCUAAACUAGCUAACUAGCUAAAUAUCUGGAAAUAUCUCCAGAGUAUGGAUUAGUACAAAUAACCGUGCCUCCUUAUAGCAUUUGGUUAAUGCACUUUAGAUGGUACAGCACUAAAGAUAAGCCAGAGAAAAUAAGUGCCACCUUCAUAUAAAACACAUGGCUUUCUUAGUUUUUUUUUCAUAUUAAAAUAUUGCCAAAAAGAACUCUGAGUUCCACUGAUUUUAAGCAUAGAGCUGCUUUAAAGUGAAAGGUACAGGAGCUUUGAUCUGCUGGCUUUAGGUGUUUUAUGAUCUUUUUUUUUUAUCACAAAUAAUUUUAUAUGUUAUGCUGUGUGUACAACUCAUUAACACACUGUCUGAGAAAUGUAUGUCAGCUAUAUUAUGGAAAUACUAUGUACUUUGUUGUUCUUGUAGGUUUGUUUGAUGCAAAGAAGUGAAAGUGAAUCCAACCUUCGGUUUAUGGUCUGUUCAGCCCUGACAGAACAGCUGUAGGAGAGGUUGUUUUGGGGUUUUUCAGCGUGGGCGAAGGGCCGAGCAGAAGGACGGCGCCCACGCAGAUUACAGAUUACCGAAGAAGCAGUGCUUCCUGCUGAGCUGCCCCAGCUGUGAUAUGCUGGAGUCUGUAAUCUUAUAAUUGAUGCUAUGUUGAGCACGGAUCAGGCCUGCCCCUGCUGGUUCUUACAUGUAAUGGCAUUUCAGAUUUAAUAUCAUGAUACUUUGGUUAAAGGAAGGCUCUAACUGUAGGGGGAUUCAUAUUCCUGACCGUACAUAAAUUUUAAUGUUAUGUUGAAAAGUAAGAAUAAUCUUUUAAGGAAAGCAGAAAAUUGUGAUUUCUGUGACCUUUCUCCAAGACAUGAUGGAAAUCCUUAACUUUUACAUCUCAGCCAUUACUUGCUGGGCUUUGUCACGCCUUGAAUGUAUAUCUUGUGUUUAUGAAUUCAUAAUCCAAUCAUGUUUUACAUAUCAAUUUAGGUUGACGAUUGCAGGCAAAAAACAAGGCA